AUGCCCGCCGGCCGCCCGGGCCCCGCCGCCCAAUCCGCGCGGCGGCCGCCGCCGCCGCUGCCCCUACUGCUACUCUGCGUCCUCGGGGCGCCGAGAGCCGGAUCAGGAGCCCACACAGCUGUCAUCAGCCCCCAGGACCCCACGCUCCUCAUCGGCUCCUCCCUGCAGGCCACGUGCUCAGUGCAUGGGGACCCGCCAGGCACCACGGCUGAGGGCCUCUACUGGACCCUCAAUGGGCGCCGCCUAGCCCCUGAGCUCUCCCGCGUGCUCAAUGCGUCCACCCUGGCCCUUGCCCUGGCUAACCUCAACGGAUCCAGGCAGCAGUCAGGCGACAACCUGGUGUGCCACGCUCGCGACGGCAGCAUCCUGGCUGGCUCCUGCCUCUAUGUUGGCUUGCCCCCAGAGAAACCUUUCAACAUCAGUUGCUGGUCCAAGAACAUGAAGGACCUGACAUGCCGCUGGACGCCGGGGGCCCAUGGGGAAACCUUCCUCCACACCAACUACUCCCUCAAGUACAAGCUGAGGUGGUACGGGCAGGACAACACAUGCGAGGAGUACCACACUGUAGGACCUCAUUCCUGCCACAUCCCCAAGGACCUGGCUCUCUUUACACCCUAUGAGAUCUGGGUGGAGGCCACCAACCGGCUGGGCUCGGCCCGCUCUGAUGUGCUCACGCUGGACAUCCUGGAUGUGGUGACCACCGACCCCCCACCUGAUGUGCAUGUGAGCCGAGUCGGGGGCCUGGAGGACCAGCUAAGUGUGCGCUGGGUUUCCCCACCGGCCCUCAAGGACUUCCUCUUCCAAGCCAAGUACCAAAUCCGCUACCGAGUGGAGGACAGCGUGGAUUGGAAGGUGGUGGACGAUGUAAGCAACCAGACCUCGUGCCGUCUGGCCGGCCUGAAGCCAGGCACAGUCUACUUCGUGCAAGUGCGUUGCAAUCCCUUUGGCAUCUACGGCUCCAAGAAGGCGGGGAUCUGGAGCGAGUGGAGCCACCCCACGGCUGCCUCCACCCCUCGCAGUGAGCGCCCGGGCCCGGGCGGCGGGGCGUGCGAGCCGCGGGGCGGCGAGCCGAGCUCGGGGCCGGUGCGGCGCGAGCUCAAGCAGUUCCUGGGCUGGCUCAAGAAGCACGCGUACUGCUCGAACCUGAGCUUCCGCCUCUACGACCAGUGGCGAGCCUGGAUGCAGAAGACCCACAAAACCCGCAACCAGGACGAGGGGAUCCUGCCCUCGGGCAGACGGGGCACGACGAGAGGUCCUGCCAGAUAAGCUCUAGGGACUGGGGCCACCCUCCCUGCUGCGUGGAGACCUGGGGGCUGCACCCAGACUGGGGGCUAACUCUGUACCCUCACCUCAGGGCACCCAAGCACCCUUGGCUUGGAGGAGCUGGGGUGGGUAUUCUGAGGGUAACAACAUCUCUGGCCUCCAUGUGAGGCCAUCCUUGGGUGCAACUCCAAUGGGGGUGUGUGUGAGAGUUGGCUAAGCUGCCCAGAACCCCUGCCAGGGCUGGGGGUGAAGAGGGGUCAUUACUCCCCCCCCCCCAUCCAGGACCCCUACAGAGUCUUUUUAAAUAAACAAGCUAUUUAGGUGCCCUGAUUGUGAAGAUGUUUGGGGCUGGAUUGGCCCAGGGUAGGGGCUGUGGGGUUUAGGGGUUUAAUGACCCUAUGGGAUUGGAACCUUUGCAUCCCAGAAUUUCAGACUCUCCAAAAUAUGAAAUAUCUGGUUUUAAACUCACUGGAGGUUGUGAUUCAAAACACCAGUUCUACCAUCAGGGAGUGGGGGGUCUUGCACCUACCAUCCCUGGCGUUGUGGGGCCUCUUUCCCAGGGACGCCCAAUCCCAGCACCCUAGGACAGAGACAGUGGAGCAGCUGCAAAUGAAGGGUCCUUUAUUGUUGGAGUCACAGCAAAUUCAAGGGCGGUCAGCAACCUGGUGGAGCGUGACCCCAGCCAUCUGACGGUCCAGGGGUGGGCUGGGUGCCAUUCACCCCAUUUCCCAUAUCCCAUGGCAUGUCUCUGGGAAGCCACCAUCACUCGGCAGAUUCUGCAUCAAACCUAAGGUCCUGAAGAACCUCGCUGAUCGCUUCCAUGGUUUUAAUUACCCUACAAGAGUGGAUGGGAACUAUAAAUAAAACCCAGAUGGGGCGAAUUA